CUGGGUGACAAACUGGAUCUCAGCGGGAUGCCUUAUGCAGCAGGCACGGGACUAAAUACCACGAAACUAUGCCUACCAGGGACACGCACGAAUGUUCUCUCCCGGAUCACUGCAUGGAUCAAUGACAGCGGAGAUACUGCUCAGCAGGUGCUGUGGCUAUCUGGCCCUGCAGGCACGGGCAAGUCAGCCAUCGCUCAUACAAUAGCCAACUGGUUCAACAACUUGGGAGGGCUCGGUUCGUGUUUCUGCUUCGACCGGAAUCAAACCGACAAACAUCAUGAAAAAGUCUUCUCCACCAUCACUCGCGACCUCGCUGAUCGUGAUCCGGAGAUGAGACACGCAUUAGCGAAUGUAGUCGAACGUGCAAAUGCGCUCAAGAGCACGACAGACAUAGUCCAGCAGCGGCACAAGUUGUUGAUAGAAUCACUAAAGAAGUCUUCUGGGUCGAGCGUGGGGCCUGUCUUGAUCGUAAUCAAAGCGCUGGACGAGAGUGGGGAAGUCAAGACACGGCGCAACCUUCUCUGCAUACUUGCAGGUACCCUCAAGGGAGAAGGUCUUCCCAAAAUCACUGAACUCCCAUCCAACUUUCGGAUUCUCAUCACUUCUCGCACGCUUCCUGAUAUCAAUUCUGAAUUUCAGGAUGCUCCACAUAUUCAACGGUUAUCCAUGGACGACAUCUCAGAAAAAGACUCUAAGAGAGACAUACGCACAUUUGUGUCUCACGAGCUGAAAAAGGUGUCUGGUCUUGGAGACAAAGAGUUUGCAGACCUCGCUAACAGAGCUGGGGGACUAUUCGAGUGGGCGCGUCUUGCAUGCAACUACAUCCGAGACAUCGCUACUGGCUCACCUGCAAUUGAUCGCCUCAAUGACAUUGUGUCCCACAAUGAUGGAGAGCAGGAAAACUUGUUAUAUGGCAUGUAUAACUUCAUUCUAGGACAAAACAUGCGGAGGGAGAAACACGUCACAGAAGCUGGUUAUCAGCGAGCUCUAGCCAAGUUUCAUUCCGUGAUGGGACAAGUACUUGGCUCGGCCAAACCGCUCUCUUUAGAUGCCCUGAAUGCCAUGCGGUGCCAUUUUCCAGAUAAAAGCGAGCAUUACAGAGUGGAACUCAUUGUAGGAGACAUGGGAUCGCUGCUCAGUGGGACCACCAACUCAUCUAGCACCAUCCGACCCCUUCACGCAUCCUUCCGGGAAUUCCUGACAAACAAAUCAUCCAGUGGAGAGUUUUUUGUAGAGAUGUUGAACUCGCAACACGAUCUUGCUUUUGCGUCACUCAGAGUGAUGGAGCACGACCUUCACUUCAAUAUCUGUAAUUUAAAGUCUUCAUACCUCCCCAAUAGCAAAGAUACCGGUUUGCCGAAUAGAGUCACGACACACAUUCCCUCGCAUCUGUCAUAUUCCUGUCGAUUUUGGGCUACGCAUGUCCGAGCAACGGACUUUGACAGGGAACUCACCAAGGAAAUAGGAUCAUUCUUCGAUGAUGAGCGACUGCUCUUCUGGAUCGAAACACUUGGCCUUCUCAAUGGACUCAACAGUGCAGUUGCUGUGCUUCCAUUGAUUGCCCGGUGGCUGAAGGUGAGAACAGAGUGA